AACUGUAAAGUCAUUUGCCAAACUAGAUCAAAUUUAUCGGCCGAAAUCCAGCGACAACGCCACUGCAUGCCCGAGUCGAGGAGUUCCUUCCUCCCACAUGCAGGACCAGGAUUAGAAACCUUCAUAUUUCCCUCCGACGACGCGGUUUGAGCGGACUAUCGUUCGUUUGUUAUGGAUAAAGUUAUGAAACACAACGAGCCGCCGGUGGCGCUCAAUGGGACUCACAUUUCCUUCAUCGGACACGACUGCAAAGAAAUCCCAGAGUUCCUCGGGAACACGUACGGCCACUUCGCCACACGAUUGGAUUUGAGCUUCAACCAGCUCAGGUCACUGGCGGGCCUCAAAAUGUUCACCGAGCUGGAAGAGCUCAUCGCUGACAACAAUCUGCUUGGAAAUGACCUCCGGUUGCCGAGGUUACCCAAUCUCCACACCCUGACCGUCAAUAAGAACUAUCUGACUGAUAUCGAGGCCCUGCUGGAGCACUUGGCUGACGUGACCCCGUCGCUGCAGUACCUGAGCCUGCUGGGGAACGAGGCCUGCCCCAACCAGCUGGUCAGCCCGGAUAAGGACGAGGACGACUACCAGAGAUACAGGUACUUUGUUCUGCACAAGUUGCCGCAGCUGAAAUUUCUGGACACGCGGAAGGUAACAAGAAAGGAAGCGACGGAGGCCAAAGCAAGAGGAGCCUUCAUGAAAGUGGUCAAGCCCAAAUCCGAAGCACCGUCUAAUGAGAGCCAAUCGGAGAGCCACCCUCUACCCUACACUCCUCUACCCCGAGGUUCAAGAGAUGCAAAGAACCACAAAGGAGUCUUUGCCAAGUGCCGCUACGUCUACUACGGCAAACACUCGGAAGGCAACAGAUUCAUCCAGAACGACCAGCUCUGACGGACGGCUGCUGGGAGGGACAUGAGUGGCAGCGGAUGCAAACAGACGCCGACACACUCCAGCCUGCGCUUUAUUUAUUCAGACCAGAGGUGAUGCGGCGUAUUCUCAAGGUGUAGCGCAGGAUUGUGAAGUUGCCUUUUUAAAACAACAUAAAUUUUGCCCCCUGCUGAGCAGCAUCUGCUUCCAGAUGACACUCCCACUGACAUGAUUGCCUCUAAGCAUGAGCCAUCCACUCGUCUCCCCCCCCACACACACUCUCUCUCCCCCCUCCUGUGUGUCUUACCCGGUCAGUGACACACCGAUCCAGCCAAUUGGAGGCCGGCUGUUGACAGCCAUGAUGGAUCACCUGUCUUCUCCCGCCACUAAUCAAGGGUGAAAGGGUGACGGUCACACACCUGAGGCCUGACGUGUGCUCAUCUCCUCUCUAGCGCCCUCACACCGCACACAAACGCAAGAGUGGUUUAAAACGUUGCUUCAGCAGGAAACCUCAGCCGCAAAUUUGACCGGGAUGACUCAGUGAACUGGAUUCACAACUGAAUGAAUCCAACAAUUCUUUUCUUCUUUAAGCAAACAUGCUAUAGGUUGAUGCUAAGCUAGCCAUGUUUGGGACCACCGGUGUGUUUCCUCCCAAAAUAUUAACCCUUUUGACAUUUAGCAGCUUCGUUGUUUACGAACGGUUCAACCAUCCGUACAAAUUGGUUUAGCUCACAGUCGUACAUGGGGAACGCCCAGCAGAUUUUUUUUUUUUUUGCUUGAAAUCGACCUGGUUUUUGUCAUUUCUCCAAAAUGAAGUAAGAUUUUUCUGAUUUCUGCAAUUCUUUUUCACCAUUAAAACCAUGUAAAAUGGCAGGGUUCUAGGGCUGCAGCAGAUUCAUUCUAUGUUCUUUUUCUUAAGUGAGAAAAGUUCCAGUUUUCGCACUGAGAAUUAGUUGUCUGUAAUUUGUUAGCUUUGUGCUAAAUUGGGAUGUUACGCAAAGUGCAGGUUGAAAAAUUAUUGUGACGAUAUUUUGUUUUUAUUUUUGUAUGUUGUGUCAACUCAGCCAUCUUUGUAAGGCGUUGUCUGCAAACAGUUGACUUUUGGUUUUGGACAUAUUCAGAGGCGACGUUCUGAAAUAAUUUUCAGGGGUUUUUUUCUACAAUUCAGGUGUAUGUUAAAAAAAUAAAACUGCAGCGGUGUAUUGCUUCAUGUUUGCACUAUACAGUGAGUGGGAGAGCAACACAUCACAAUGAAUGUAAAUGUGUAAUGUGUCACUCAUUUUUAAUCAGGUUAACAGCAUAAAAUUUUGAAUUUCAAAUCGACAUGAUCAUUAUUUUUUCUCAAAAGAAACCCAAAUAUUGUAAAAAUCAACCUUAAAAAAUAUAUAUAUAUUGAUUUUUUCCCCCCCAGAUGUCGCUGACAUGUGACCAUUUCAUUCAAUGAUUGCAUUCAUCUGAUGUCGAAGCUGUUUACAUUUGUAUUUUGUGAAGUAUUUCACUGAAUGACAUGAGAUUUUAUGAUUAAAUGAA